AUGCCUUUCCCCCUCUCUUAUCCUGGCCUUCGAUGCGUUUUGGAGCAUUUGGAGGCUGUUAAACGUGCACAUAUCAUUGCCCGUGCACCAGGCCUUCAAAAAAUUAAUAAAUUGAUUCCACUUUGUCUGGAGAAUUUCUGUAUUGACAGUAAUGAAGUUAGUAUCAACAAACUAUCAAUCAAAUGCAAUAAGAAAGAAGUGAAGUUCCAAAUGAAUGGGAAAACAUUCAGUUACAAGGGAUUAGUGAGCUGUGAAUACAAAAUGAAGAAAUUAAUCAACUAUUAUAUCUGUGGAAGGUCGAUCAUCCAUAUGGACAGUUUGGAUUGGUGUGACAGUUUCCUUCCAGAUGACAAGGGUGUCAAUCUGAAAUUUAGAGUGAAUUCUUUGAAAGCACAUUUCCCUGAAGACUUCAAAACCGUAAUUCCAUUAAUAGAUCCACGUAGUUUUCCUUUGAAAACUCUGGUCACUAUCCCCAACACAUCAACUUUUGACAGCCAAAUCGUUCAGUUAGCAGAAACCGUUAUUCUCAAUUUCAUGAUAGAUCAGAUAGUCACUGUUGAAGACCUUAAAAAGUUGAACAACAAGACUGUGAUAUUUGAACGCUUUAGCUUCUCCAGAAUUGAAAUGAUUCCAUUGAUUAAACAUCACGUUGAAACUAAAAAAGAUAUUGGAACAACUUUUAUGAUUUUAUCACGUAGUCAUUAUUUCAUCGGUAUAAUGUUACGUGAGUUUAAACAAGCGUUUGGUGAUUUCCGAUCCGAUUUGGAUGGCGUAAAUGAGAGGUUUAUUCCCGGAUCGCUAAAGUUCUGCAUCCCAAUCAACAAGGAGUCUAGAAUUCAAGUGUACACAAUCGAGGAUCCAGACGAAAGAGGUCGAUUGAAAGUUGUGGUGAAACCAGUGUCAGAAAUCUCUGGAAUAUAG